UCGACGGCAGCCAGCGUUCUUUCGUGUUUAUUUUUAAAAAAUCACAAAAUUUCCUCGAAUUCAACGAUGGACAAGAACGAAAAAAAGCGAUCUUUCGUAAAAGUCAACGAAGAAGAGCUCAUCGAAGCGAUAAAAAGCCACAAGGAACUCUACGAUUGCACAGACAAGAACUUUAAGCGCCAUGCGAGUCGGAACGCAGCUUGGAGCAAAAUCGCAAAGCAAGUCGGUCUAACGGAAAACGAAGCAAAAAAACGAUGGAGAAGCUUGCGAGACGGCUUUAUCAAACAUGUCAAGCAACAUGACGAGGAAACGCGCGGCGCAAUGUUGCAUUACGACAUUUUGAAAUUUUUGUUGCCUUACGUGACGGGAGAAAAUGCUCGAACACGAACGCCUUCAGCUGCGAAGAAAAGUCGAAAUGUCGUCUCGAACAUCAUUUACAUUCAAAAUGACACGGAUGAGCUUGGCACGCAGUAUAUCAGGGCGAUGGAUGACGAAGUUGCUGUCGAAAGUAACGAAGACGAGGAAAUGGAAGAUGGCAGUUUGACGAACCCAAAGACAGAAACAGUCGAGAUAAUUCCCACGGAAACGGAUGAAAAUACGGAAACGUACACAAUUGAGGAGGCAACAGAGACAAAUGUCAAAUUUAAUCAUCGAACGUCAGCAUCUUCGGGCUUCAAUGAACAAAAUUUGGAUUCCGACGAGAGAUUUUUGAUUAGUCUGGCGCCGACUUUGAGACGAUUGGAUACGAAAAAGAACACUUUGGCGAGAAUUAAGAUACAACAAUUGUUGUUCGAGCUUGAAUUUGAUGAAAAAGUUUGAAAGGAACUUUAAUGAAAAGAAAAAUAAGAAAAUAUUUUAUUAAAAAAGCUA